GCCCGGUUGCGUAGCAGCAGUGGGCGGGGCAGAGGAUCUGUCUGAGACGGCGACUAGUGGUUGGGACAUUCUUACCCCUCCUUCCCCUUCCCCUUCCACUCCCGGGAAAGGUUGGGACCCGGCACCGGGGCUGUUCGGUGGCCGCUGCGGCCUCAGCUCCAACCCGACCGGGGCACGGAAGAGUCCAGAUCGCGUCCAGGGCGGAUUGUGACAGUGCAUCCCUUCCUUGGGGAUGGAACUUGUCACUAGGAAGGAGGAUGCGGUCAGAGUGUAGCCAGCAAGAUGGGUUUCUCGGAGGAGCUCCUGAGUGAGACUGAGCAGAGGCAGCAGGGGCUCGGAGCCUUGUGAACAGGGAGCCCGUCCCCCAACACUUGGAAGGACCUGGGUUUCAGUGAUGAGACAUGGGGUAUGAUGUAACCCGUUUCCAGGGGGAUGUUGACGAAGACCUUAUCUGCCCUAUUUGCAGUGGAGUCUUGGAGGAGCCAGUACAGGCCCCUCACUGUGAGCACGCCUUCUGCAAUGCCUGUAUCACUCAGUGGUUCUCUCAGCAGCAGACAUGUCCUGUGGACCGUAGUGUCGUGACAGUAGCCCACCUCCGCCCAGUGCCCCGGAUCAUGCGGAACAUGCUGUCAAAGCUGCAGAUUGCCUGUGACAACGCUGUGUUUGGUUGCAGUGCCAUUGUCCGGCUUGACAACCUCAUGUCUCACCUUAGCGACUGUGAGCACAACCCGAAGCGGCCUGUGACCUGUGAACAGGGCUGUGGCCUGGAGAUGCCCAAAGAUGAGCUGCCAAACCACAACUGCAUUAAGCACUUGCGUUCUGUGGUCCAGCAGCAGCAGACACGCAUUGCAGAGCUGGAGAAGACAUCAGCUGAACACAAACACCAGCUGGCGGAGCAGAAGCGAGAUAUCCAGCUGCUAAAGGCAUACAUGCGUGCAAUCCGCAGUGUCAACCCGAACCUUCAGAACCUGGAGGAGACAAUUGAAUACAACGAGAUCCUAGAGUGGGUGAACUCCCUGCAGCCAGCCAGAGUGACCCGCUGGGGAGGUAUGAUCUCGACCCCGGAUGCUGUGCUCCAGGCUGUGAUCAAGCGCUCCCUAGUGGAAAGUGGCUGUCCUGCCUCUAUUGUCAACGAGCUCAUCGAAAAUGCCCAUGAACGCAGCUGGCCUCAGGGUCUGGCCACACUAGAGACAAGACAGAUGAACCGGCGCUUCUAUGAGAACUACGUGGCCAAGCGCAUCCCUGGCAAGCAGGCUGUUGUGGUGAUGGCCUGUGAGAACCAGCAUAUGGGAGAUGACAUGGUGCAGGAGCCGGGCCUUGUCAUGAUAUUUGCGCAUGGUGUAGAGGAGAUAUAGGAGAGCUUAUCAGAAAGAGAUGGAAAUCUGAAAACCCUAUCACUCUAGCAGCUGGGCCCUGAGUCCUCCCCACUGGCUUUAAGGCUGAGCCACAAAUCUCCCUGGUUUUCUGGCACCGAAGGGCACUGGGACACUUUGCUCAGCCUUUCGGGGUGGGGGGAGAUCCAGAUUCUUGCAGUUUGCCAUAUUUUUUUCUCCCCUAAAAUGUCUGUAAAUUCUGUCUGGGCAGGAAAGUCCCCACUUUUGUAUUUUCCUGCCGAGAGUCCAUGGUUCCAGAUAUUUGCAGAAAGCACAAGGAGAUUUGUUUUCCCUAGAGGAUCAAGGUGGAAUGAGGAAUCUGUAAUCAUCCCUCUCCUCCAAAACCAAGGAAUCGGAGCAGGUAGGCCUAUUGACUAAGCAGCAUUUAGAGGGCAGCCCUGGGGAGAGACAUCCAGAAGAAAUGUAAGGGUGGAACCAGAACCCUAGAAGUAAAUAGGCCCUAACUGGCCAUCACCGAGCCCUCAGGGGAAGCCUGGAUCUCUGUGCCAAGCACUUCCCUAUGCAGCCCACCUUAAGGUGCAGCACCCACUGGGACUGCAGGUGCGCGGGUUGGGAUGCUGAACGUUUCUGGAUGAGCUCUUCCUACGCUUUCCUAACUAGGGAACAACAGGGCUAGGGUAGGAGUUAGGCUGUUGGGUUCAUAUGCUCAGCAAGAAGCUGCUUUUUGGCUUUUUGCUGAAACAGGGUAGGCAUUGCCUUUCAUGGCACACCCACGAGUUUCAUAGACCUCUCUCCAGCCCUGUGAUUGUAGUUAUUUUGAUAAUUUCCUUCAGCUGUUGUUUAUAUUUCACAAACUGUUCUCCACAUUUUUUUUUUUUUUAAGAAUGGCCUUGUCAGGGCUGACAUCACAUUCUAGCCCAUCUACAUUGUUGGCAUUUUAAUUUAUUUACUUUUUUUUAACAAAUGAAAAAAAAAAAAUCAACAAAACUUAAAAAGUUUUUUUUGUUUUGUUUUGUUUUGUUGGCUUUGAUUUUUUGCUGUUCCUGUUGUGGGUAUUCGGAUACGGUGGGACAGGGAUGGGGUUUGUUUUACAUUUUUCCUUUUCAGCACAACCUUUGGCUUUAAUAGAGGAGGAGCCAAGGGAGUCCUUGGCUGAAUCUAUGAUGCCUGUUCCACCCUCUGUGACCCCAUCUGCGACAAGGCACUUCCUCUGCUCCUGUGAUGGAUUGAGAGUCCAGCACUGAUGCCUGUGCCCCUGAAGAAAUUUACUCCCAGCUCAGCAUCUCAUUGUAAAACCCUGGAUUUAGAGCACUAAAAGGCAACCCUCCUCCCAUUUCCUUGGAGCUAUGUAGCUGGCUUCUAAGCCUCACCUGACAAACAGGAUAAGAUUUACAUCUUUGUGUCUCUGAGAACAGGCUGUGCUCUGCUGUAUCCACCUAAGGACUUCCGCUCUGUUUUGGGCUACCUGGGCCCUUCUGUGGUGAUUGGCAGAGUAAGUGUGGUAGGUGGGUGUGAUUAUUUUAAUGUGCAGGUGGGAAUGGGGUUGGAGAGAAAUUAGGAGCUCCUCUUCACCACAGAAUGGCUUCUUUUUUGGAGUUUUAUUCCAGACCAGCUUACCAUUGGUCUGGGUAGUUAGAUCCCAGCUCCACUGGGGUUGGGAUUGAUGGAUACAAGCUUGAAGGAGGUAGGGAACAGUUCCAGCUCUGGGGCGCUGUGCUCAGGAACUUGAAAAUGCUGCUAUACUUAAGUCUGGUCACAUUUUUUCCACUUCCUUUUGCCCCCUGCCUGCAUUACCAGGGCCCAUACUCUCCUGUUUUUACCCCCAGAUGGAGCCAGGAAGCUCAGUUAAGGCUUCCCUCCCCUUUGCACUAGUGUCCCUGUGGGUUGACGGUUGUGUUGUACGUGCUGUUCCAUGGUGUUGACUACACUAAUAAACCUUUCACUCAAAUCUCUAAAUUCUUAAAUCAC